CAACCUCUGGGCCCGAGCGAGGCCGGCCGACCCGACGGGGCCGGCUCGGCGCGACGCACUUUUGAGCACGCGCGGCACUCGAGCUUUACUCUUACAGUCGCGUGCCAGUGCGGAAUAUGUUGCUACUCAACUUUCUUGCUAACUGAUUCAAAGUCUGGUAUUUUAACAAUGAUUUGUUUGUAAAAAGACAUUAGUUUCAUUUUUGAUUUUGUAAGUUAUUAUUAUGAUUCCCAUGGGAGAAUCACAAUUAAAAACCAAAAAAGUGGUAUUCUGGAAAGCACUUAACUUAGAAAAAAGUAAUUUCCUAUCAAUAAAUGAUUCAAAGUAGUAUAAAAAGUAUUGUAGUUAAUGAUGUUCAUAUUUUUUACAAGAAGUAAAUGUUUACCUUAAGUUAGAAAAAAUAAUCAUUUGAUAUUUGUAAGAAUCAUUAAAUUUGUAUGUGGUAUUGUCUUUUUUAGUUAAAUUGUAAUUAAAGUAUUUUGUCUUUACUAAUGUCUUUUCAAAUUAGAGUGUUGAAAAUAUAUGUUUGCUGCAUCAUAUUAUAAAGGUAUAUUUUAUAAGAAAUAAAUAGCUAAGAACCAAUUAAAUAAUUAAUGUUCAGAUAAAUUUGUUUAAUAUUUCCUGACAUUUUUGUAAUACUGUCAGUAAACACUGUAACAAUUUGCUAUCACUGAAGCAGGGCAGCUGUUAGUGCUGUGUUAAAAAGCAUUAUAAUCUGAAAAAAUCACAUCACUUGGGUGUUUGUAGAAGGAACAUUCAGGGCUGUACUUGUAAACUUUCUGUGGCUACCUACCCUUGGUGGAUGUUCUGAGGCUGUAAAAGUCGAAAAGGAGCCAUAAAUGUCUCUAGAACUUGUACUGGGGUACACAGAUGACGUCAUCAGAGGCCAUUGGCUCCCUUCGAGAAGGAUGGCAAAGGGUUGAAAUCUUCAAGGAAGAGAAAACGGGCGCAAGGUGGUAGGAGAGAAAGUUGCGUAUUCAAAGGGUUGAAAAGUAAGCUCCUCCAAUGGCGAGGCGGCAUUGGGGAGGAUUUUGAAGUUUCUCUUCCUUGCCCCACCUUCUGCACCGCGAACACGCUUUCCAAUUUCCAAAGGAUUUCCGAGACAGACAUUCUGGUCAGUUGCUCUUAGGGAACCCUAGAGGCUGCUUCAUAUUGUGUUCAGUGCAGUGUAGUGUUUGUAGCAAGUUUAAAAGUGCCCUAAUAACUUUUGAAGGACUAUAAAACUGAGCUCCCGGAUACCUGCGAGGCACCCGGUUCCAGAAUGGCCAGAGAUCUACAGAUUCCGAGCAGGAGGGUGCAGUUGCUGCGUCGGCCGCCGGGCUGGCUUGGCGCGGCGUCCAGGGGCAGGCCGGUUGCGCCGGGCAGAGCGGCGGGCGCGGGGGCGGGACGUUGGGACCGCCGCGCUGCUACGGCCCCACCGCCCCACAAACGUAGCAGCGCGGCCAGUCCCCCUCACGUCCCGCCCCCGCGCCCGCCCGCUCUGGCCAUGCCCCACGGCGCCCGCACCACCUGGCCUGCCCGCUGGACGCUCGCGCCCAAGCCAGCCACGGCGGCCCGACGCAGAACUGCACACUGCCACGGUACCAACAAACGCAAAAUUUAUAGCCGAGAGAACGACCAUCAAGUCUCACCCUUGGAAAGGUACGAGCACCCAGUCUGCACAGUGGGGGGCCCAUGCGACCACGUGCGCGUUUACGACCCCGCGCGGAAGCUGAAGCGACGCGGCGUGGACACCCCUGGCCGUCGCGGACUGAAUGACAGGCGGCGGAUGGGCCGCGGGGAGGGGUAA